AUGAAAUGCUGGGUGGAUCGAGUCAUUUAAUGGAAAUUUAAUGGAAAUUUAAGCGAACAGCUCGCAGACCGACGUCGACCAAUGUGAGUUUGGAUAUCGGCGCAGCCUGUGGGAAGCUUCUAGCUCCUCGAGUGAACACGUAAGGGGCGCUGACGCCACUUGAGUGAUCAUUUGUGGCUGGAGGAGCCUUCUUUUUCAUUCGAUAAUACUUGCUGUGCAACUGGCCAGCUGGUAAUCUUACUUAACUUGAGGAUUUUUUUCCGAAUUAUUGAAUAGUUUUUUAAAAAUAGAUGAAUCGAAUGUUUGAAAAACUUCCUUCAGAAUUUUUAUACGAGUUUGUUGUUUGUAAUGAUGAUCAAUCCAUCCCGACUGUAAGGAUGAGUGAGGCGAAAAAGUGUGCUGGACGCAUAGCGUGUGCGUACGCGGUUCUUUGCACGAAUUCAUGCCGUGUUCAAAGUAAUUUUCGCGAAAUGCAAAAUGAUCUCUGACUCUCCAAAAUUUAGUGAUCUUUUCCUUUCUCUAACGGGUAUUUUGCAUUUCGCGGAAAUUACUUUGAACACGGCAUCAAUUAACCGCUACCGAUGAUUUAAAAAGCUCGGUUACCGCUAUUUUCGUAUAUUCUACUACUUUUCAAUGCACAAUGAAUGAUGGAAAAGACAAGAAGAGCGAUGAACUAGUUCUCCAAAUAGUCGCUGGCGGUUGAACUGAGUUGGUGCCAAGAACCGCAGAUGCAUACGCUACGCGUUCCGCCACUUUCUCUGCCUCCCUCCUCUUGUGAUGGGAAAAAUUGAUUAAAUCGAACAAUGUAGGCUAGAGAUGAAUUUUUUUUCCCCUCAGCAUUUUUUCAGACCUAUAUUAUAUAUCUGUCCAGUCGUAGGAAAAUCUCAGAAAUUCAUGCCAUAUAGCUGAUUCACGGUCAGCUUGGGACGCUGAAGGGGCGUGUCCUGUCUGCGCUCUCCAUAAGCCAGGCGCUAUCUCGUGCAUUAUCGUGUCAGGACCCUUUUUUCGAUAGCUCAAGCCAGCCGUGAAUCAGCUAUAUUUCAAAGUUUAACUUGAAAAGGUCAGUUAAAAACAAGUUUUUCAUCAAAAUCGUUCGGCUUUGGCCUUGAUGGCUUUGAUAAUAAAAAAGUUUCCUUUUUAUUCGUUCAAUUAUAUUGAUAUAUUACAGCGGCGGACACUUUGCCAAGAAGGAAACGGAAUCUUAUCGAAGGUAUGUUCAUUUUCGUCUUUUUUUAAAAAGUUUUUUCGAUUUCAGGAGGAUUGAAUCGGAAAAUGCUUCCGUUGGUGGAUACGCUAAACGAAUUUUCUGCUGA